GCCGCGGCGGGCGGGGCGGGGUGGAGGCCGGCCCGCCGGUAUUUAAGGCCGCGCGGCGGCAGCUGUUGCCGGUUGCGACCGGGAGUCGGGACUGCGCGGCGGUGAAACAACAUUGUGGUCAGAAGAUGUCUGCCCUUGAAACACUCUUUAAAUACAUUGAUGAACACCAAGAUCUCUAUGUUCAGCGGUUGGCUCAGUGGGUGGCAAUCCAGAGUGUGUCAGCAUGGCCAGAGAAGAGGGCUGAAAUCAGACGCAUGAUGGAGGUUGCUGCAAAGGAUAUUGAGCAACUGGGGGGCACAACACAACUCAUGAAUAUUGGGCAGCAACAGUUGCCUGAUGGAUCAGAGAUCCCUCUACCUCCAAUUCUUUUGGGAAAACUUGGCUCAGAUCCAUGCAAAAAAACAGUGUGUGUAUAUGGUCACCUAGAUGUUCAGCCAGCAGCACUAGAAGAUGGCUGGGAUAGUGAGCCCUUCACACUGGUGGAAAGAGAUGGAAAACUAUAUGGGCGAGGAUCAACAGAUGAUAAAGGUCCAGUGCUUGCGUGGCUCAAUGCAUUGGAGGCUUAUCAAAAAACUAACCAGGAGCUUCCAGUAAACAUUAAGUUCUGCCUAGAAGGCAUGGAGGAAUCUGGUUCUGAAGGCCUUGACGAACUGAUUUUUGCUCAGCGUGAUAUUUUCUUCAAAGAUGUGGAUUAUAUUUGCAUUUCUGACAACUACUGGUUAGGCAAGAACAAGCCUUGUAUCACCUAUGGUUUGAGGGGUAUCUGCUACUACUUCAUAGAGGUGGAGUGUAGUGACAAAGACCUUCACUCUGGAGUUUAUGGUGGUUCAGUGCAUGAGGCAAUGACAGAUCUCAUUACUCUGAUGGGUUCCCUUAUAGACAAGAAAGGGAAAAUUCUCAUCCCAGAUGUUAAUGAAGCAGUAGCACCUGUUACUAAUGAGGAGCUGGCACUAUAUGAGAAGAUUGAUUUUGACCUGGAGGAAUAUGCAAAAGAUGUAGGCGUGACAAAACUAUUGCGUGAUACAAAGAGGGAUAUCCUUAUGCAUAGGUGGAGAUACCCGUCCUUGUCUCUCCAUGGAAUUGAAGGAGCUUUCUCAGGAUCUGGAGCCAAGACUGUGAUCCCUAAGAAAGUGAUUGGCAAGUUCUCAAUAAGGCUUGUGCCAAAUAUGACUCCUGAAGAAGUCACAAAGCAUGUUGAAGACUAUGUGAGCAAAAAGUUUGCAGAGCUGCAGAGCCCCAACAAAUUCAGAGUAUACUUAGGCCAUGGUGGAAAACCCUGGGUGUCAGACUUCAACCAUCCCCACUACAUGGCUGGUAGGAGGGCCAUGAAGACAGUUUUUGGAGUUGAACCAGACCUGACAAGGGAGGGAGGAAGCAUUCCUGUUACUCUUACCUUUCAAGAAGCAACAGGCAAGAAUGUCAUGCUGCUUCCUGUUGGAGCUGCAGAUGAUGGUGCCCACUCUCAAAAUGAGAAACUGAAUAGGUACAACUACAUCCAGGGGGUGAAGAUGCUUGGUGCGUACCUCUAUGAAGUUUCUCAGCUGAAGGACUAAGACACCUUACCUUCUGGCUUGUGGUUCUGAGGUCUGAGUUCUUACACAAAACAGCAUCAACUACCAAAAUCUUACGUGGCUUUCCUUUUCAUCAGGACUCCAUUGCUUUGGGGGAGGAGGAAGCAUCUAGUUCCAAUCAAGAAACCAGGAACAUUGUAUGCCAAAAUACUACUUUCUAUAGUCUGAAGUAGGCAUUUAAAGUACAUUCUUACUCUUUAUGGCCAGUAGUACUGAAUUGCACCUUUGUCCUCCUGUGUAUCACUUUGAUUCAAGCUGUGGUUUGCUGUACUCAUCUGCCUUUUUUCUGUGAAGCAGGAGGAGCUGUUUGCUCUCAAUUGUUAACCAGCCACAUCAGUUGCAGAACUGUCAGCUGAGUUAAAGGUGCUUAUUCCAGGAUAAGUCCUGGAAGAAGUCAAAGUAACAAAAGGGGUAUACUGGAAUAUGUUCAAGCUGUACUGGGGCAUCUGUCUUGCUUACUGAAUGUCAGAAGAGCAACUUUCACACUCUUACACCUUAUACCUGUCUGUAGAGUUUUCCUUACAGCAAAUUAAUAGCAAAAUCACUGUGGUAAGGACAACUGGCCAUCUCUUUGUAAAGCUGUCUUUAUAUUCCUUAAAGACAAUAAACCAUGCUCUAGCA